AUGCAAAAACUCAUCAUCGCCUUCGCCGCUGUCUCUGUCGCCCACGCCUUCCUCCUCCCAUCCGGAGGAGGCGGUGGAUGCGGAUGUGCUCCACCACCACCACCACCAUCCCCAUGCGGAUGCGGAGGCGGAGGUGGCCUCGCCCUCCCACAACUCCCACCACUUUCCCUUCCAUCCCUCGGAGGAGGAGGCGGUUGCUGCCCACCACCAGCCCCAGCUUGCGGAGGAGGAUGCGGAGGAGGAGUUGCUCCAGCCCCAAUCGGAGGAGGAUACGCUCAGGCCCCACAAGCCCCAAUCGGAGGAGGAUACGCCGCCCCACAAGCCCCAAUCGGAGGAGGAUACGGAGGAGCCCCAAUCGGAGGAGGAUCAUACGCCGGAGCUGGACCAAUCGGAGGAGGAGCCCCAAUCGGAGGAGGAGCCGGAUACGCCGGAGCCGCCCCAGCCGGAGGAGCUUACGCCGGAAGAAAGUAG